AUGGAUCGAGUCGAGAUCGGUUCAGCUGGUGAAAAGGGCGAGGGCCUCUUUGCUCGACAGUUCAUACCCAAGGGUGAAGUCGUUAUGAUUCUGCCAUACCCAAUAAUCAUGGCUAUCGAGCCCGAAUCACUCCCUACUACUUGCUAUGGCUGUCUCGCAUCUGUCGGGUCGCAACGAGCUACGAACCUCAGUAUUGGCGUGCAUUCUACCAGCACAAGAACUUCCCCAUUAAUCCGGUUGACCGCAUGUGUUGACUGCUCCAAAGUUUGGUACUGUGGUAAGUCUUGUGAGGUGAGAGCCUGGGACGAGUUCCACCAAUACGAGUGUGAGCAUUUCGACAAAAUGGAUCUGGAGGCCACCUCAGCAGAGGCGAGAGCAGUCAUACGACUCUUGUUAUUGGAAGAGAAUGGAUGGAUCACAUCCGAGGCUAUGGAGAAGAUCUUAAAACUGCACAAACAUGAGGCAUAUCUCACAAAUGGCAUAAGAGCUUCACACCAGUCAGAGACAGACGAAAUAGUGCAGCUUCUGAAACAUCAAUGGAAUAGAUGCACGGUCGAGCAGCUACUAGCUAUUGUUCACGCCAACUCUUUCAAUCUUCGAGACGACGAAGGAAACAAGUUUGGUCUACAGGUUCAUGCGCCUCUUUCAAAAGCGAACCACAGCUGUCGCCCGAACGCUUGCUUCUUAGAACACGAAUGUGGCGAUCCAUAUGCUUGGACUUGCUUUCCUGCAGAGUCCGAGCUUUCAGAGAUGUCUUUCGGCGAGGUUCGAGCGACGAAGGACAUCCAAGAGGGGCAUGAGGUCACUAUCAGCUACUUAUCGAAGAAGUAUUUGGCUAUGUCCUUCCAAGAACGAAUGAUGAGACUGCACGGAGCAUGGCUCUUCUAUUGCAAAUGCACACGAUGCAAAGAAGAGAAGGAGGCUCACAAUCUACGAAAGUAUCGUCAGUCGUAUUCGCCUCACAUAAGAGCAAGACCAAUCUCACAAGCUUCGCGGCAAACCCCGAGUCUCGAUAUCACCAUGUCCAGAGGACCAGCAAAGGUGGUUGCUAGACUCCCUGCACCUUCAAAGGUUGAAGUUGAGCAGAACACAAAAAAUACUUUCGGCCUCCAGGCAGAGCAGCUUCGAAUAACUCACAACGAUCGACGGUCGAGGUUCUUAAGCAGUGGUAGUGGCCGGAACGGAAUCAGCGUCAAACCAACAGCGAUGGAUAGAUCGUUGCCAGUAGGUGAAGUAUGCAGGCGUAUGAUGGGCGCUGGCUCAAAACAAGAGACCUGA